UUCACAGACUUCAAUCAUCUUGAAUCAUCUUCAGUUUCCAGGUUUGCGAAUUUAAGCAAUUUCAUAGAGAUAGAAAAAGAGAAAUGAUGGGAGGAAAAUCUAGCAAGAACAAAAAAAAUGUUGAAUUUGGUUCACCGUCGACGCCUGUACAAAUCAAGAUUAACUCAGACCGCUGUGGCUGCACCGCCUGUUGUGGCAGCUAUAGCUGGUGCAUUGGCUGUUCCAAGGAUAAUCCGAUACCCGGCUGGUUCACCGAAGGAUGAAGCUCCUUGGACGGAGAUGGUGUAGUGAGAAGGCGGAUUCGGAUUCGUGUUUGGCAUUGAAAAAUUGUUGGUUUGUUAUCUUUAGCACAAGUGUUAUGAACAGCUAAAGGAUAAACUUACUUAAUGUUAUUAGUUGCCCUGAGGUAACAUUUGCUUAAUACAUUACCUAAAGAGACACUUGUAAGGUUUUUAUGUCAUUUAUUUUGGCUUUAUUUAAUCAGACUUGUAUGUUUAUAAAUGAAUGUCUCUGUG